UCAUCCGCAAAUUGCCUACGUCACUUCCCGUCUUCCUGUGCGCCAUGUUUUCCAGAAAGAGCGGACUAGUAUUGCACUGAGGUGAAAACAAAAGCGUUACAAAAAAAAUUAUAAAAAGCGGUGCGCCUUUGUUUUUCAUUAGAAAUCACAGCCGCACGAGCGUGAAAACGUGGGAGUAUCCGAGGAAGGCGUCGGUUCAUGAACAUCACACCGCGCGCCUCACGGUGACGCCGGAAGACAACACACGCAGCCGAAAAGCAUCAAACCGCCUUCCUCCUGAGCGGAUCGUCAAGAGAAACGAACACAAUGUACCAGGUGCCUGUGAACGAUCUGGUGAAGCUCAGAAGAUCGCGGAAAAAAGUCAAGAGUAUUCUGUGUGACAUCGCACUGCAGAGUUGUAAGGACUUGAUCGAGGAAUACAAAACCUUUGAUGCUGGCGAGGCGAGUUUCAACAACACCGAAUGGAGCGAUUUCACGGAUGGACAUGUCGGAAAGAGGAGAAAAAAGUGGAAAUAUCGGACGGAAUCCUUGUGCUGCAGCCUGUGCUGGUUUUCCACCCGGUCUUUUUACACCUUCCGAAGUCACGCUUUGCGGUGUCAUAGGGAGGAACUAGACCUCGCAUCACUUUUAGCCUGCCCCCAAUGUCCUUUCGUAAGCCGUCCAGAAACCAUAAAUCAGCACCUCAAGUAUUUCCACCCCACACUUCCAAAACCAAUAUCCACACCCACCGUGUCAGUUAUUCAGCCACCUAAGUCUUUAACCUUUCCAACCUCUUCCGACCUGGCUGAAGAUCGGUACAUGUGUGUGAGCUGUGGCUACUCUGACUCUUUGCUUUAUGUGAUGAAGAAACAUGUUUUGGUGAAUCACUAUGCAACAUUGUUGAACCGUUACUUUGGGCACAGGUUGGAAAGUGGCCAAAACUUGUCAGUUCAAAGCAAAAGUGCCAGAGUUCUAAAUUCUAAGUAUUACUGCAAGGAGUGUAAAUUGCCAGCAGAGACCAUAGAACAUCUUUUGUAUCACAUUUUGAGUUCGGACAAGCAUAAGGAUCUUCACUGGCAUAUUAUGCCGUUUAUCAGCGAAAAGACUCCAAACGCCGGGCAGGCGAACUUGCUGAAUCUUGCACCAAAUUUGAAUCAGGCUAAAAAUGUAAGCAUGGUCCGAGGCGCCAACUUUGAGCAGCAAAGCAAGCAAAUGAAAGGACAUUCAGCAGCUAAAUCAAAUGGCACGAUGCUCAUGGCAGGGACCGCAAACUCAGCAGGUCUUCUGUGCUCUGCUGGAGGAAGGCAGGUCUUCCUUUCCUCCCAGACUCCUGCUUUACUACAACAACAAUCUACUAGUGGAAUCCAUCAAGGGUUGUCUACCUUGUCUUCCCCCUCGCUUGUUAAAUCUAUAAAUAUGAUGAUGCCAAACAAACAGGUACCCAUGACCAUGACGAUGCCUAGGCUCUCCCAAUCUCAAUCAGCCCAACAAGUGCUUCUGCCAUCCGGAGUUCAGGUCAAUCUUCCAGGCAAAACUAAUGUACGUCCGCCCAUGCUGUUUACUCACAGGCUACAGCUAAACCAAUCUGCCCACAGGCAGCCCAUCAUAGCCUCUCAGUCUGUCCGACUCAUUCCUACAGGCAACAAGGUGAAUGGGGUACCGACGUACACUUUGGCUCCUGUUCAAGUAAACACCGUAGCUGGCCAGGCCAGCGCUAGCCAUGUAGGCAAUCGAACAUCAGUAGUUAUGACACAGAAUGGUCCUCAGUCCUCAGUAAUAUCUUCGUCAAAAUCUGCGGCCCUGCCUGCUAAGCCUGCACCUUCAGGCCAAAAAGAGGUGCCGCGUAAAAAAAAUCGGCCAAACAAAUUGGCGGUUUUUGCGCCAUUCCUAAAGAAACAGAACGACGAUACUGUAAAAUGCCUACGGUGCAAGGUUUUGUUGACCGAGCAGUGGAUCUUUCAGCACUUGCUGCAUGGUUUGAGGUGCCUGUUUUGCCCUCUGAUGUUCUACUCCUUCAAGCAGAUCAUGGAGCACUCAAACAAAGAGCACAACUUGAAAAUCAAGAAAAACCGAGACUUCAUUAAAGGCGAGUACAAGCUAGACUGCGACGACGAAGGCAAUAUCGAAUUUUCCACCUUCAGCUUGAACACCGACGUUCCCAAAGACUUGCUGGAUAACCGAGAGCUCAACCUUGUGCUGGUCACUAGCGCUCAAGAGAAAAUCUACAUCAAGAUGUACCCAGACUCUGCGAAGGCUGUAUACCCGCCCACCCUGAAAACCAUACCUACAGUAUGUCCGUUCUGCCAGAUCAAGCUGCAGACUUUGGAGGCCUACGAGUAUCAUUUGAAAACAAUACACCACAUCGUGCCCACCAUCCACGCCAUACUGAAAUCUCCUGCCUUCAAGUGUAUCUACUGCUUCGGGGUGUAUUCGGAAAAGUCGACUCCCAAAACCAUUUCUAUUCACGUACAGCGCUGUCGGUGCGCCCCCAAGAGUGUCAAGGAAUCGGAGAAACGUCUGAAUCCGGACACAACCGCGCACGUCAAUGGCGAGAGGGUAAACUCGAUCCAGCAGAGUUUCCAGCCACACAUCAUACUCAACGCAGACGAAAAACACACUGCCAAAGAAAAGUCCAAGCGGGAGUCCAGUGGUGAGAAAAACAGAGGGGUCAGGGCCUGUAAGAAUGAAGUUCCUGCCCCAGCUGAGCUUGUCCUGGACCCAUCAGGAAUGGAGAUGCAAUCGUUCGAGAACAGGAAAGAGUUCCUCACAAAGUACUUUCACACUAAGCCCUACCCCUCCAAACUGGAGCUGCUAACACUCGCUGCCCGUCUGUGGUUGAACAAGACAGAUGUGCUGCACCACUUUGGUAUGAAACGGAGCAGAUGCAUGAAAACAAUCCAGAGGAGAAGAACUGUAGUACUACUGGGCUUCAACAUGUCCGAGGUGAAUAAAGUGAAACAUGACCUUCUAAUUCCAGAGGUGGAGCCCAAAGUCUGAAGAACCCGAUAAAAUACUGUAUUUAUAUAAGCAUGCUUAAGUUAGAAUUCGUGUUCAUUUAAAGUUAAGUGAUUUCUAUCAGAGGUGUCAAAAGAAGGAUUCGGAGGGCCAUAUUAUAGGGUUUGUCCUUCUCCAGUACACAGUUUAGGUCAUACACAACUUUAUUAUAAGCCAAUAAAUGAAUUGGCAGCACUAAACGGACAGGCUUUGGCUCGAUCCGUUUGGAAUUGCAUCGUUUAGCUAUGUUUAAGAUGUAAUUCUAUGGUUUGGGUAAGGAUUGUGUGUAAAUAAUUACAGAUAUAUACAUGUUUGGGUACCAUUUCUGAUAUUAUUUGCCAGUUUGUAAGUUGGCAACUCUGUUAGUAUUUUUUACACAGCUAUCCUGUAAAUGCACUCGUGUGUAUGGGCCCCUGUACAUUUCUAAUGUAAAAAGUGCUUUCUGAGACCUGUAGUAUGCAUUUUGUUCAGCUGCAGUGCAUCACUUCUGUAUGAAAUUCUACACACUCACCGUCCUCUUGAGUAGGAACACGUGUUUGCCUGCUCAUUCAUAUGGUUAUCCAAUCCGCCAGUCAUAUGGCAGAAGCGCAAAUAGUGCCCACGUCAAAAUAGGGACAAAUUUGUGUUUGGGCCGCUUCGGGUUUCUAGACAAAAUGGUGCGGGGUAAAAAAAACAAAACCGUCUGGGGGAAGAGGAUUUGUAAACUGAAACACCUUGUUGAAAUCGGAGGAGAAUGGCCAGACUUGUUUGAGUUGACAGGAAGUGUAUAGUAACUGAGCAGAAAAGCUUUAGGUGAACAGCAGCAGAAGACCACAUCAGGUCAAGAAUGAACUUCUGCCGUUGUAACCCAUCCACCUCAAGGCUCGGUGUUUUCCGAGAUGCUUUUCUGCUCGAGCGCGGUUAUAGAGGCCGAUUAUAUGAGUUACUAUUGAACCUCCUGACAGUGCAAACCAAUCUUUCACUCCGUCCUCUUGCCUGUAGAACAGUCACUCACUGAGUGUUUAUUGUAUUUUACCCCAUUUUGUGCAUGCCUGUAUGUACAAUUCCCAGGAGAUCAGCGGUUUCUGAAAUGCUCAGACAAGCCCAUCUGCUACACAUUUCCAUUACAAAGAUUAUAGGUUUUAUUCGUUCUGAUGAACUGUGCAUGAUUUCAUGCAUUGUGCAACCGGCACAUGAUCGAUGAACUGAUCGGAUAGCUGCCAAAAUGAGCGCAAAUGUUCCGAAUAAAGUGGAACGUGAGUGUAGUUUACCACUAGUACCUUUGAGAAGUUCAGUGUACCGAUUUACGUCAUUGCUUCUUCUUUUUUUUUUUUAUCCUAUGUUGAGUGUACUAAUAGAAAGAAAGAAAAAUGUUUGCCUUUUAAAACCAUUCAUAUUCUAUUAAAAAAGUUUAUUUGGGAUGGGGUUGUGUUCUAUUUCGAAUUUAUAACCUAACGAGUUUCUUUCAGCACGAUCCGGUGGGAGAAACAGUGGGUCGAGCGUGCUGAUUAAUGCUGUUGAAGAGUAUAUUCUUAAUACUGUAUAAUAUAUUUUUAUUUUAUAUGAAGCCCUAAUGUUUUACUAGCAAGGAUGCGGAUAGCAUAAGUGCAAUCUUAUGAUAUGGACACUCCUGCUUUUUUAUCGCAAUUAAGGUUUUGUUUGUGUAGAUAAAAUUUGCCAAACAAGCUUUAGAAAUAGAUAUAUUUAGGUAGGCGCUGGUGCGGGAAGGUCUCAAAUGCAGAUGACUCCAGAAAGGUCAGUCUAAAGAUGCUUGGGAGACCCCAUAUAAGAGAUACUGUCAUGUUUAGAUUUUGGGAGAACUUUAGCUUCAGCUUAUAUGAUUGAGGCUUUGAUGGGGCUUUUAAAUACUUAAAAGUUUUUACGUUUAUCAUGAAUUGAUUCAUGCAAAUGAAUAUAUGCAAAUCACCCAUGAGAGCGUGUUUAACACUAUCGCACACUUGCUCAGCUUUUUAUAUCCGACCUUGAUAAUCAGUUUAGCGACAAAUCAUACAAAAUUCUGGCCAAUUUUUAUUAUAGUGCAAUUUUAUUUAAACGUAAACUUUUUGUCAUUUUUAAAAUGAUUUGCUGAACCUUUUGAUCUCAAAUUCUGAAAAAUUUUAAGCUACAAGGCUUGAUAUGUUAAAACCUGUUGAAUAAAUGCUGUACUCCUUUGUUUAUGUAAAAUGUCAGUGUGCAAUGUUGUUCAUCAGGUGAAACAAACAGCUCGUGUAUCUCUCUUCCACCAAACCCCCCCUCUCUCCCCGCCCCCCAUACUCUGCCAUGCAAAAUUGUCACAAAUAUUCCACGUCAUUUUUAUUACUUAUAGCAUUAAUAGACAAAUACACAACCUUCCGGAAGUGGUAGUGAUGUGGGCCGUGUUUAAGAAUGUAUUUUGGGAGAUCGUGGGAGAAACGUUUUGCGUUACUAUAUGCUAAUUAUAGGCAUUUGGACUAAAACAAUGUUUUUAUUUAUUUAUUCACAACUUUUUUGAGUUACUGCUUGCAUCAAGAAGAAGAAGAAGAAGAAGAAGAAAAACAAGCUAAAGCUACUAUCAAGCUGAUCUUGUAUCUGCAAUGUAUCGUUUUUCCACACUGUCACUGUGUUGGUCUUAACUAGUUUUGUACACUCUGUUAACAUGAUGUAGUUCUGUGUACAGACCACUUACUCACUGUCUUGUAUGUUGUCCUUUAACCAUUGAGCCUUUAUGUGGUGAGGAUGCCAAUAAACAUGGACCUAAGCUCUUCA